GCUAAUUUUAAUUGUAUUACGUUUUGUAUACACCAUUUACAGUAGCGCAUUCCAGGUCCACAUUUACAAAUGGAGGAAACCGACGGAUCUUCAGUAACUUUACCGGUGGCACAGCCGGUGAACGAAAGACCGAGGAGGAACAAGAGAAAGUCCUCGGUGGCGGAUCUCGACGCGUCCCCAGAACACAAUUUCAAACGGCCGUCUUUGAGACGAGGAAGUUCUUUUGUCUUCCUGACACCUGGACCUCAGUGGGACUUCACUCUGAAACGAAAGCGCAGAGAGAAGGAUGAUGCAGAUGCAGUCAGUCUAUGCAGCUUUGAUUUCAAGUUUCAUUCUCUGUAUUUAUAA